UCACUUCACUCCACCAAAUCAGAAUUUCAAAACAAACUCAUUGCACGCGGGAGCAGUUCAUCUUCAUCUCCAUAACCGAAUUCAAUAACAUGAUUUCACCUCUUAGCAAUCAAAUUCACACAAAACAUUCAAUCACUUCUUCAAUCCGCUCAUAUCCGGAUCAAAUUCUGCAAUAAAUUCCUGUUAAAAUAUCCUAAUUUCAAACCCUAAAUCGACCGAAAAUGGACAGAGUAGCGUGCAUCGAGAACACGGAGCUUGUGGAGUUCAUGAUGAACAAACUAAAAGAAUUAGAGAAUAUGCCGAAAGGAAUCUCGGAGAAAAACGCUAGCACCAUAUCCAAGGCCUGUUUCAACGUCUCUACUUCCAAAUCGCAUAUCAAAACCCUAAAGGACUUCUCCAAUGUCAAAGGUGUUGGAAAGUGGAUCUUAAAACUUAUGAAAGAUUUCUUUGUUGACGCGGCUGAGAAUGAAGAGAUUAUACAAAAGGGCGAGAAAAAUAAGGGAAGCAAGCCAUACAUGCCUCAAAAGAACUCUGUAGCUUAUGCUUUAUUGAUCACCCUUUACAGAGGAACUACUGACGGAACUGAGUUUAUGCGGAAACAAGAGCUAAUAGAUGCUGCUGAAGCAAGUGGGCUGUCUCGCUCACCUAUAAUGCCUGAAAUAGGAAAGGGGAAAGCAGGCCAGUUUGGUGUUAGCUCCGGCAGGGAUUGGUAUAGCGGAUGGAGUUGCAUGAAAAAGUUGAUAGAUAAAGGGCUCGUUGUAAAAUCUAGCUGCCCCGCAAAGUACAUGCUGACUGAGCAAGGAAAAGAAGCUGCACGUGAGUGUCUAUCAAGAUCUGGAUUGGUUGAUUCUACAGAGAAUUUGGUUAUUACUAAUAAAACUUCAGAUUUAAACCAAAACAACACCACAGAUUCAGUGUGCGCUAAUGCUAACCCGAUAAAAAACAUGCCACCUCAGCAUGUUUCUUCAAAACGACAAAAAAGAUCGAUCGAUAUUCCCCAUGAUACUCUUGAUAAGCUUGUGGGCAUGGGAUACUCUAAGGAACGGGUUAUCUGUGCGUAUACUGAGGUCGCAGAAAAGUCACCAAAUGAGGAAACUUCUUCACUUUGGUUAUCUGUUUUAUGUCAUCUUCGGGAAGCUGAAGUUUACAAUUUACCUUUGACUUCUCAGAACGUUGAAGAAGUCAAACAUCAUGCAUCAACAAGCUCUCACACACAUAAAAAUGGUCAAACCGUCCCUUUUAGACGUGAAACCGAAAUUCCAUGCUCAACACUGAGAGCUUGUUCAUCGACUGUGAAUGAUCACAAUUUGCUUAAGCGAGGUAGGAAUGAUCUAGAAGCUAAAUCAAAUCAUUUAUCAAUGCCACCUUUGACUUUUGGAGAUCGGUUUGAGGAUAUAUAUGAAGUGGUUUUAAUAUUGGAUGAUCGGGAAAAAUUUACCAAGGCGUCAAAGUCUAGAAAACUUCUUGAGCAUGUUCAACUCCAUUUUAAAAUACCAAUAGAGGUGAGACGCUUACCCGUUGGAGAUGGAAUUUGGAUAGCCCGCCAUAAGACACUCGGUAGUGAAUACGUUCUUGAUUUUAUUGUUGAGAGAAAAAAUGUUGACGAUUUGAGAUCUUCAAUCAGGGAUAAUCGUUACAGAGAGCAGAAAGUGCGGAUACUGAGAUCAGGACUCAAAAGGUUUAUAUACCUAGUAGAAGGUGAUCCAAAUGCUUGUGAAAGUGCCGAAAGUAUUAAAACCGCUUGUUUGACAACCGAAAUUUUGGAGGGGUUUGAUGUACAAAGAACAAGUGGGAUGGGAGACACCCUUAGAAAAUACGGUCAUCUUACUCAAUCAAUAACCGAAUACUACAAAUCUAUUGGCAAUGAUCCGAAACAUCAAGAUUUACCAAUAUGCCCUUCGUUUGAUCAGUUUAUUGAAAGGUGUCAAGAGUUAGAUAAGAUGACAGUUGGUGAUGUAUUUGCUACUCAACUCUUGCAGGUUCCACAAGUGACUGAGGAUGUUGCCAUUGCUGUCUUGGAUCUGUACCCAACGGUUUUGUCACUUGCUCGUGCUUACUCGUGUCUUGAUGGUGACACAUGUGCACAGGAGGAACUCCUUAAGAAGCAGAGUAACAAUGUGAUUAAUGGAGUUGCUAGUAGAAACAUUUUUCAGUUCAUUUGGGGUGGUUGAUUACAUGCUGUUCCACAACCAUGUGCGAUUGAUGCUUGUUUGGACAAGGUAAGCCAAACAUGUGAUGUCAUAACGUGUGGAUGGCAAAACAAGAACAGUUCUGUUUACUUAACAUUUUAGCUAUGUGGGCUUUAUAUAUGUGUUAUCAAGAGAAGUAUGUAACCGUGGUCCUUGAUUGAUCGUUCACGUGAUCAUGUGAAAUCCAACAAAUACGGCUGGUUCUUUUAUUAGAACUUCUAACAUGACGGGUUUUAUAA